AUGAAAAGGCGGGCUGAGUUUCAAUUAGAGCCUGAUAUAGAAACACUUCCACAAUACACAGAAGAUACUUUAAGAGAUGAAGAAAAAGAUCAGGAUAAAGAAAGAAAAAUUUAUAAAGUUAUACGUCCUUCCUUAGGAGAAAAUUCGAUUUUAAGUUCAGACUACAAGCCAGUCUUUAAGCCUGAAAAUUCUAAAGAAGAACCUAAGAAACCUAUUAAUCCGUUUGAAAGUGCAAUAAAUAAGCCGAAUCCUUUUGCUUCUUUAGCAAACUUGCCAAAUCCUUUUUUGACUAAAGCCACUGAUAUUAAAAAUUCAGAUGCACGAAAAGAAACUCCAACCAAGCUUGUCAAGUCCUCAUGCUUUGAAUCACUAAUUGGAGAAAUCUCAAAAGAAAAAACUGAAGAACUGCUACGAAGCUUAGUGGCUGAAGAAAAUAUUACUCCGAGAAGAAUCUUGCCAAGCAAUGAAAUGAAAUACGAAAAGAAAAUUAAUUUUGACUGCAAAUUUAAAGUUGGAGAUAAAAAGAAAGGUGAUGGCGUCGGAGAAAUCCUCCACAGUAAAUCAAAUGAUAAAGAUAUAAUCCUUUUUGUCUUUAGAAACUGCAUUAAAAAGAUUUUGUUUACUGGACAGUUUGAAAAAGGUAGUCCUUGAGUUAAAGAAAAAGGCAAGAAAGAAGGAAAAGAAUUGAUUAAAAUUGAUUUAAUGCAAAUACCAGAAAAAACUAAAGUGAAUUGUGAAAUUAUUGUCGAUCAAGAAGGCUUCACAGAUAUAGAUGAAAAAUUAAAAGAUAUGAUGAAGAUGCUAAUAUAA